GCCCGAGUUAAGCACCUCCGCUCUCUCUCUCUCUAUCUAGUCAUUCUUUACAUACCUUAUCAGGUUCACAUUCUUUACUUAGUCGAUUCACUAACAUUCCUUACUUAAAUAUGUUGUUCUCCAACUUUGCAAUUCUCACUUCUGUCGCUCUUUCUGCAGUUUCUGCUUUACCUUUACAAAAGAGAGGUGCUUCAACUUGUUCAUUCCCUACUGAUGCCGGCCUUGUUUCCAUCACACCAGACUCGCUCAACGCCGGAUGGGCCAUGAGUCCCGACCAAGCCUGUACUCCAGGUAAAUACUGUCCUUACGCCUGUCCUCCAGGCAAAGUUGCUGCUCAAUGGGAUCCUUCUUCCACCAGCUACACCUACCCUCAAAGUAUGAACGGUGGUUUGUACUGUAACGCUGACGGUACCGUGUCCAAGCCUUUCUCUGACAGAGACUACUGUGUUGACAGUACCGGUUCUGUCGAAGUUAACAACAAAGCUUCUGCCAAUGUUGCCUUCUGCCAAACUGUUUUGCCAGGUAACGAAGCCAUGUUGAUUCCUACCAACAUUAAGGACGGCAAAACUAAGGCUAUUGCUGUUCCAGGUUCAAACUAUUGGGCUCAAACGUCCGCUCAUUUCUACGUUAAUGCCCCUGGUGUUUCCACCACCGAUGGUUGUGUUUGGGGUUCCAAAGAAAAGCCAGAAGGUAACUGGGCUCCUUAUGUUGCUGGUACAAACACCGACAGCACUGGUUUGACCUACGUUAAGCUUGGCUGGAACCCUAUCUACGUUGAAGACUUCAACGGCAAACAACCAAACUUCGGUCUCAGAGUCACUUGUGACAAUGCUGCCGACUGUGUUGGCUCCUGUGAAAUUGACCCAUCCAAGGAUGCCUUUAACACUAUUACCGGAUCCUCUGCUACCACAGCAGGUGGUUCCUUCUGUGUUGUCACUGUUAAGAACAAUGCUUCUGCCAAGAUUGAAGUCUUUGAAGUUUAAGCAUCUUAACUAUGUAAACGCAGGUUUCGUUCGGGUUUUGGAUUUAGAUUGGAUUAGUUUAUAGAGUAUAUACAUUUCGGUAUUACAAUUUCGUUCGUG